UUGGGGCUUUAGAACCAAUUACCAGGUUUCCAUAGAGUUCUGGUCUCAACAUACAAUGGUUUCAACAUACAAUGGUCGUCCUGGAACCGAUUAAUAUUGUAACCUAGGGACCACCCAUCAGAAAGUUGACAAUGAACCAAACAAGAGUGACAGAAUUCCUUCUAUUGGGUUUCGGAAACCUUCAAAGCUUCCGUGUUGUAUGCUUCAUAUUUUUCUUGACCACCUUUAUUCUCACAAUUAUUGGAAACCUUCUUAUCGUCAUCCUAGUGUGCACCAAUGGACAGCUCCAGUCCCCCAUGUAUUACUUCCUCUGCCAUCUUUCCUUUUCAGACCUUAUCAUUUCCACCAACAUCGUUCCCAACAUGCUCGGUGCCGUUCUGUUUGGAGGGAAAGUAAUGACUUUUUCUGGUUGCAUCACACAGUUGUAUUUCUUUAGUGGGAUAACCAUUACGGAAUGUUAUCUACUCUCAGUGAUGUCCUACGACCGAUACCUGGCCAUCUGUAACCCCCUAAGAUACUCCAGUAUCAUGGUCUUGAAGAGACGGAUUUAUCUUUCAGCAUGGCCAUGGUUGCUGGGUUUUUCUUUUAAUCUUGUAGGAGUUUUACCUAUCUCAAACUAUCAUUUUUGCCACGACAAUGUCAUUGACCAUUUCUACUGUGACAUUUCUCCUCUUCAGAAGCUUUCUUGCUCAGACACUUCUCUUUUAGAAAUAGAAGGAUUUCUGUUCUCUCUGCCCCUAUUUAUCCUUCCAUGUGGGUUUAUCAUUGUCACCUAUGUGUAUAUCUUCCUCGCCAUAUUUAAGAUACCAUCCACAACUGGGAAACAGAAAACCUUCUCUACCUGUAGUUCUCACCUUAUUGUUGUGGGGACAUUUUAUGGGACACUCACAGCUAAAUACAUGAUCCCAUCUGUAGGACAUUCCUUGCUUAUUAAUAAGAUUGUAUCCUUACUGCACACAAUAUUUACCCCUCUGUUUAACCCUAUAAUAUACAGUCUUAGAAAUCAGGACAUAAGAAGAAUACUUAUAAAAGUUUCGGGAAAAUAA